AUCGACCAAAGCAAUGCCUACCUCAAAUAAAUUCUUUCUAUUCAAAUCUCUACAACAUUUUUCCACUUCUUCCAUGGGAGACGAUCUCUACAACAUUUUUCCACUUCUUCCAUGGGAGACGACGAUGCUUUCAAUCUCCAAAACACCAGAUUAUCCAUCAUUCUAGUCGGUUUUGGAUCGGCGGCCUUAGUCAUAACAAUCUACCAUUGCAUCGCCACGGGAUGGUGCCACCAAUUCCGUAAUAAUCGAGGCCAAACAUCGCAACAACCACAACACGAUCAUCAUCAUCGUCUUCACCAUCAUCAACAACAACAAAGUGUGUACGGACAUGAAAUGUUGGAUAUUGUGAGCUUUGAGAAUUCAACGUCCGAACUCAUCCCUGCCCAUAAGUACCAAAAGGGAACAGGUUUGGUCGACGACGAUGGGAUGUGCUCAGUGUGUUUGUCACAAUUUGAAGAAGGCGAAGAGCUGAGGACGUUACCGGAAUGUUUGCAUUCUUACCAUGCACCGUGUAUAGAUAUGUGGCUUUGUUCGCAUUCAAGUUGUCCUAUGUGCCGUACCGAUGCCACGCCGUUGCCGCAAAUAUCUCACCUUCAGUCGGAUUCGGGUUUUGUGCGUUUGGAUAUAGACAGGUAUGUUGCUUAAUAUUGUACAAUCCCGGAUAUUGUGAUCACUUAAAAAGUUGAUUGUGUUUAUCUAACCAUUGCAACACUCAAAGUGCAAAUAAUGUCUGAUAUUUCAUUAUGGUACAGUUUUACCCAAA